UGAGUCGCACAUUGUCUUGGAACUCUGAGAAAGCGUACGAGUCUGAUGUUGAGCGCAGCAGUGAAAGAAUGUAGUCAGAUAACAAUUAGACAGUUUGCGAAUGCGACGUAAAUUGCCCGUAACUGUAAUUUACCGCCAUGAGUUUCGCCAGCGUCAAACACUGAUUAUGUCAAGUGCCGUCUCCGUUAAGGGAAGAACUUUAGCAGAAGUGAAGAAAUAAUAGCAGGAGAGACCUAGCGAUGGAGCAAGCCGACGGUGGCUACGUGCUGAGCAUCCCUGUGCCGGUCAUGCGGCGCGGCGGCUCCGACACGCACCUGGAGCUGGAGCGCAGCACGUCGUCGGCCUCGUCGAGCUACGCCGAGCUCUUCCCGGACUUCCGGCGCAGCCGCGCCAGCCUGAGCGGCCUGCAGCAGAAGGCGCUGAAGGUGACGGAGCAGCUGAAGAUCGAGCAGACGGCGCGCGACGCCAACGUGGCCGAGUACCUGAAGCUGGUCAACAGCGCGGACAAGCAGCAGGUGGCGCGCAUCCGGCAGGUAUUCGAGAAGAAGCAUCAGAAGUCCACGCAGACCAUCGGCAACCUGCAGCGUAAGCUGGAGCAGUACCACCGCCGCAUAAAGGACUGCGAGGGCAGUGGCCACAACACCUCCCACUCCUCUCCGUCCACCCUCCGGCACAACACGUCCAACGCGUCCAAUGCGUCCAACAACGCCUCGCCGUCCAGUGCGGUCAAAGACGACUCCCCGAGCAGCAAGAGGGAGCAGCACCUGAGGGACAUGACGUCGGGCAGCGGGCGCCACCCGACCCUGGACAAGAUCAGGACCAUCGGCCCCGGCGUGUCGCUCUCGCCACCUUUCUUUUUCAGCAAGCCGCGCGAGUUCGCCAACCUCAUCCGCAACAAGUUCGGCAGCGCCGACAACAUCGCCCACCUCAAGACCUCGCUGGACGUGCCCUCGGGCUUCCAGCAGGAGGGCGAGGCCAGCCGCGCGCUCAGCAGCAGCGCCAACAUGGUGGACAAGCCCAAAGUAUUAUAUGAGAGACUGGAGGAUCAACUGAAUGACCUUACGGAGCUCCACCAGCAUGAGAUGGCCAAUCUGAAGCAGGUUCUGGCCAGCAUAGAGGAGAAAGUGGCCUAUCAGGCAAAUGAGCGAGCCAGAGAUCUCACGGAGGCGCUGGAGUCGUGCCAGACGCGGGUGUUCAAGCUGGAGCUCCAGCAGCAGCAGCAGCAGACCGUCCAGUGGGAGAGUGGCGGGGACGCGCGCGUGCUCCUGGGCCGCUGCAUCAACAUCCUGCUGGCGCUGGCCACCGUGGUGCUGGUGUGCGUCUCCACGGUGGCCAAGUUCACGGCGCCCAUGCUGCGCAGCCGACUGCACGUGCUGGGCACCUCGCUGGGCCUGCUGCUGCUGGCCUUCUGCUGGAAGCACUGGGAGCAGCUGCAGUGCGCCGUGGAGCGCCUCCUGGUGCCCACCUGAGAGCACUGCGCUCUGGUGGGAAAAGAUACGAUUGCACUCUGGUGGUCAAGGAUGGCAACAUGAUAAAGGCAGGCAACAGCAGUAGCAGUAUCACCACCACUAAAGAAGAAUGCCUCCAGUCCAGUCCAGUCCAGAGAAUGCAGAAGGACAUCUGACCAAUGAUUUCGACUGGACUGGAAGGAGGGUACACUUCAAGAACUGUCCUGUUUAAAGGGUUUUAUGACACUGGCAUGAAUAAUGUGAUAGUUUCUCUAUUUCUCUCUAACUCUCUUCUUUCCUUCUAACACUCACGGUUCUCAUCCUCUGGCUCUUCGUCUAUGUUCUCUCCUCUCUACUUUUGCCAGGAGUUGAGAUGUGUUAUUUUCUAGGGCAAGAUUGGAAGUGUCAGUUUGCAUCUGUGUUGACUGGACCAGUUGAGGAAAGUGCAAUAUCUAUUACCUUUUUUUUAGACUUCUUUUUUAACUAACAUUAUGAUGGAAUUGUAUGCAUGUCUUUUUUUUAAACUAUGUUUUAAAAUCAAAGUCAUGGAACCACACAGCAAAGAGAGAGCCUGAAGGGUUUGGUGGAUUUUCAGUCUGUUUGAAUGUUACUUAACAGGGGGGCUAUCAUUAGCCUCAGGUUGUGCUGUGAAGCUCUCUUCUGUCCUUGACACCUACCUAUAUGGGCAUCGACUAGUCUCAAACCUACAUUGCACACAAUGGCGCAUCGCAAGCUCAUGCCACUAGAACAAAGAGUUCAAAAGUACACUUCAAAGCAAAGACAGUUUUAAAUACACUUCAAAGAAGAAGACAUUUUUAUUUUCUUUUUUUCUUUGUUUACUCUGGUCAACUCAUUAGACAACCUCUCCAUUGUAGACCAGCAGAAGUGUUCAAGAUUUCGGAGCACCGGCAAACUGACCUUACCCGCUGAAGCGGAGCUGUAACUUUUCACUACUGGUCAGGUGAAUGGCCUGACGUCUGCGAGAUGGAGAGCGGGGUUCCUGUGAAAACGUUUACUAUUAAGACUGUGAUACAUUACCUCUGGACUGUUCAAGCCUGUGGAGUAUUUUUAUACAUCUCUGUGGAAAUUCAGAAUUAAAUAUAAGCCUAAUUUUUAAGCAACA